AUGGCGGACGAAACGGACGACCAGGCAAUGCUCCAGAUGAUGGGUUUCUCCUCAUUUGGAGGCCAGGCAAACAAAAAGCGCAAAUACAAUUCCGCAGCGGAUGCCUCAAUGUCUGUUCAUAAUGUCAAGUCGCAGGCUGCGUCUUCAAGCACUGGGGCGAACUCGUUGCCGCUCGGAAACUCAAAAGCCCCGACUUCUAUCAACAAGAAUGAGAUUAAUCUGGAUGACGAGAGUGAUGAUGAUAUAAAGGAUGAGACGGGGGUACAGGCACCCUCAGAUACUGCUAUUGGAUCGAACGAGGCUGGUAUAAAUACUCUUAAGCCCGGUGCUGGCCUUCCUAGUCGACCAGCUGGUGUCGGGAUACCACCUGACGAGGGCAAUCACGACAGCUAUCAGACGCAAAACGCGAACAGAAAACCCUGGUACGAGGGAUAUUACGAUUACGACUCGAACAAAAACCCGUGGGCCCAGUUAGAACAACGCAUGGGGCUGCAGCCGCUCGACGAAUGGCCUGGAAUCGAAGCCGUGGCACCAACAACCUAG